AUGGCGCAACCUCAACCGCAGAUGCCGCAGAGGGCAUUCUCCCCUCCGCAGCCUUCUCCUUCUCCCGCCGCGACGCAGCCGGGCUUUGCGCUGCCUCCAAACAAACGACCGCGGCUUUCACCUGGCGCAACACCGCAACCCGAAUCACCAUACUCAACAUCGCCAUACGCGGCAAGCCCGGGUGGCCCCGUCACUCCCUCCACCGCCGCGACUUCUGCUGCUUCUCCGAUUUAUCCCAGUGCUCCCCAACAUCAACAACAACAGCAGCAGCAGCCACAGCAGCAGCCGCAACAACAGCCGCAACAACAGCAACAACCUGCGACACCUACCUACGCUACACCAUACACAAACGGCAACACCACUCCUGCCUUGGCCUUGCCUGAGCAGCGGCCUACUCCCCCGCCUCAGGUCUCGACUCCACAACCGCCGGCGCCGCCUACAUUACCGUACACUAAUGCGACCUUGGCUCUGGGUAACACUGCGCCAGGCACGCCCAUCAUGCAGCAACCUUCUCCUACCCCCGGCGUCAUGGGACCACCUUCUCGACCUCCAGAUCGUCCGCAGAAAGAAUACGAGUAUGACGUAACAGAUUCGCUUGCUGGAACCGGCAUCGAUCUGCGCGCCGAAGAGCAGUAUCUUUCCGAACUAUAUAUUCCUGACGGUCAGAGAACUGGUUAUCCGCCGUAUCCGGCAGGAAACAAAGGGAGCUUUUAUGGAGCGGGCCCUGCGAACCAGCCGGCUCAACCUGCAGGCACCGACACGCAGAAUGCGCUCGUGGCGCAGCAAGCGGAAAAGGCAUGGCAGGAGUCCGCAAAGCGACUGGCGCAGACAAGGACUAUGGAGCUCAAUAACGCUUUCCUUCAAGUUCCGGUUGUCUUCCGAAAGGCAGAGAAGUUUGCCAAGGAGCAGGGUCUGUCGCUGAACUUGGAACUCAAGAACAACAAUCAGCCUAUGGGGCGGAUGCGGCUGCCCGAAGAGUUUCCUCAGCCAACGGUCACAGUUGGUGUCAAGACUGGUCCUGACUCCACAAUGGUGACAACUAGUGGAACCUGGAUCCCCCAAGAAGCGUUCCUGGUAGACCAGUUGGCUCUUCUCUCACUGGCUACCAAGCAGCGACUGAGGGCGCUCGUAGAGGAUUCUAACAGAGUUGCCAAGAUCCGACAGACUUCAUCUCAUGGAGAAGUCCCCGAGGAGUGGCAGGUAGCUGCGGCACCCCUGAAAAGUGCUUUGGAGAGUCAAGAGGAUGCGACGCAGCAGACAGGGACCGAGGAUGGCUCCAGUCCUCGCCCUCACAAACGUAACCUCGAGGAUGCCAGCUCUAGUCAACCUAGCAAGGUGCAGAAGAUUGCGGCUACCAAUACCAUGAGCCACACAGUCAGAGAAGUAGGCAAGGUUGAACGAGAUUGGGAGGAGCGAAGACUGCGGCGACGUAAUGCUCGGAAAGACGGCACUGCGGAAGCCGGCUCAACAACGUCUCGCGCAGGCUCAGUUGCGCCUGGGACUCCUGGUGGCUCUGCGCCAGAUUCGGAGAAGGCCAUCUCCAAGAAGGAACAGAAGAAACUCGAUGCUGUCAAGAAAGCAGAGGCUAGUAGCCAUGCGAAUCAGAACAUCACGAGUAGCAUGUUCGUAGGCAUGCCCAAGACGGGUUCACUGUUCGGCAAGAAGAAGGGAGGCAAAUCUUACUCGUGGAUGACGGGUGGUGCAAGCGGUGCUAGUACACCGAGGCUUGGUACACCUGGAAAGCCGGGUGGCGCAGCAACUUCGGGUCCACCGCCCCCGGCCAAUCAUGCCCUCACAGUUGAAGGUAGAGCUCGACUUGGCAAUUGGAGAGAAGACAAGGAGAAAGGCAAGAACAUCCAGCUGCGCGACUGGGUUACAGCCCUGGAAGGCGACGAGAUUGAACUGAGGGCCAUUCAAACAGCUUAUGACAAGAUGGACACGUCUGAGCCCAAGUAG